GGCUUUAAUAGUGAGAAAGAGAACAAUCCAGCUGCUAUCCCUCAGAUUUCUGUAAAGAGGAAUGCUAGCUACACUCGCCUUUCUCCAGCACUCUCCAACACUCUCUCAUGCGAGUGCAGCUAGCAUUCCUCUUUCUGUAAAUAAAUCAAAUCUUGAACAAGAAUCCAAAGAUGCAGAAUCUGAAGAGAUUGAACUCAAGGCCAAUGGCCAUCUGGUUUUUACAGAGCUUGAUUUUGAAGAUAAGAAAAAUGAUGGAUUUAAAGGUGAACAUGAGAAGUCUCAAUUAUCACUCAAAGAACAUGAUUGUAGCAAUAUGGCAUUGGAACCAUGCGCUGAUGGAAAAUAUGAUUUCCAGAGUGAUGAGGUAACAGGGAUGACUGUGAAAGGCAGUAUUGGUGGAAGGUUAAGGCAAAGGCGUUGGGAAGGUGAAGACCAUAAUGAGCAGUUGUCAGAAAAUGAAUCAGAAAAGGAGAAGCAAAUGCUUCAUGGAGAUAGUCAACAUGAUGAAAGCAAUAUUGGAACUGAGAGUAGUUCAAAGCUGAAGAAGAGACUUGCUCUGGUUACUGUAUCUAAUGCAGACGGUAUUGCUGGAAGAAGGUUAAGGCGCAGAUGGACAGAAGGCACAAACAAUGACACGAAGGUGUUGUCAGGGAUGAACAAGAAUACAUCAGAUGAUAAGGCUAUUAACAAUACCUCAUCAGGAAAGGAAGCAGGGGGGAAGUCUGAAGCACAUGAGUUCUGGAACUAACCUGGACAGUAUUGCUAGAAGAUUAAGGGCUCGAAACAGAACCAUGUGAAGAAGCUGUUUCCCAUCUGUCUUUUUAACAAUGAUGAUCAGCUUCAUAUUCAAUUUGCUAAUACAGGGUCUGAACCCAGGAUGACAACAACAUGAAGAAUCAGUUAUUUGGGUUUUCUGUGAACCUUCAAUUCAGUCUCCCUCAGUCUGCUGCAGCAAAAAACUUAGUUUGUGAGUACUUUGUACAUUGAAAUGCAACAUGGAAUGCUUUGGCUUCUUUCUGUUUUCAGUUCAUGUUGCAUUGUUCAAUUCAGCUGCAGUCAUUUAUCGGCUAUGACAUUUGAGAUUAUUGUUAUGGUUAUGUAGCAGGGAAAUCAUAACAUUUUGCUUAUCCUCAUGUCUAGAGUGGUGGCCAAGAAAAAUGUCUAGACUCUGAUUUAUGAUUUUAAAAUUGCUCUGGGUAUUAUGUGGCCGAGACCUUUAAAAUUUUGCUGUGCUAUGUUAAUCAAGCACUUUAAAUAAA